GCGAUUGGCUAUUAUUCUGCCGCAAAGCACUUUGACGUUGCGGCUGUCGUAGUGUCGGUAGCUAACAGUAAACAGCGGUUAUUUGACAAAAGGAUUCUUCUUAAUCGAGUUAUUUAUAUUUCUUUCUUAUUUUUCGUGUGUUUUAUUGACAGUUAAUGAAAUGGCAGAAAGAUUCGACAACCUGGAGGAGCAUCUGGAGAAAUUUAUCGAGAAUAUUCGACAGUUGGGGAUCAUCGUCAGCGACUUCCAGCCGAGCAGCCAGACGGGACUGAACCAAAAACUAAAUUUCAUGAUAUCUGGACUGCAAGACAUCGAGAAGUGCCGUCAGCAGCUGCAUGAGAUUAACGUGCCGCUGGAGGUCUUUGAAUACAUUGACCAAGGCCGAAACCCUCAGCUGUACACCAAAGAAUGUCUGGAGAGAGCCUUGGCGAGGAACGAGCAGGUCAAAGGGAAGAUUGACACCAUGACGAAAUUCAAGAGCCUCCUAAUCUCCGAGCUCGGCAAAGUCUUUCCAGAGGAGAUGUCCAAAUAUAAGGCUAUACAUGGAGACGACACCCCCUCCUAGUGACUGCUGCACCAAGACCCCCGACCUUCAACCUGUGACCCUUGAAUUGAAAGCCUGGAUGGAGUUAGACCGAGCAGGAUCCUCUGCGGUUGCCAGCAGGAUGUGAAAAUAACCUGUUAUUAUUUCUCAUAAAUGUUGUGAUGCUGUUGCUGACCAGUAUCCACAGGGAGAAGGUUUUAAUUUCUUCUCAGCAGCCUGACUCAGCCAAUCUUGUCCGUUCUCCUGUUUAUCAAAACUUUUUCAUUUAAAGGAAUAUAAAUACGCAGCAAACGUAUGGGAGAAGUAGAGAGGAGAAACAAAUAAUUUUCCGCAUCGGGUCGUUGCGUUUUCCAGGAGACACAUUUGCUUUUACUGUCCCUGUUUUUGCAUGGACACUUUAAGUUAGCAGCAAAGUAUUUCUACAAAUCCCAAACUGUACAGGAGAAAACGCUGCCCAGCGCCUUUCUGAUUCUACAUUUAGGAAUUUACUUCAUCGGUUGUACAUACGGUAUAUUUAUACACUCUACCUUUUGUAAUGCUUCCUAAUAAUUGUGCAACAUACAUUUGUACCACACACAGUUCAUAACAUUUUGUAUCAAGCUCAGGUUUCUAAUGGCCAUGAUAAUUGAAUGCAGAUGUUAUUUGAUGGUAAUUCUGUGCCUGAUCACUUGACAUGGUCAGAAACGAGUCCACUCUUUAUUUGUAACUUGUUUGUAUUAUAAUUUUUGUUAAUAAAUGAUCCUUGUUGGACUGA